AUGCACAGGCACGUCUGUGAGGUGCUGCAGGACCUGUGUGCUCUGCAUGCGAAGGUGAGGCAGGUGCUGUCUUUUGUUUCUAGCUCUGAUUAUCUGACAUCAGCUGAAAUGACUGAAGUGAUGAUGAACACCCCAGCUAUGGAUGAGAUUGGGCUAAGCACCCGCAAGGAUGGUCUGUCGUACCAGAUCUUCCCUGAUCCCUCAGACUUUGACUGUUACUGUAAGCUGAAGGACCGCCUGCCCUCCAUCGUGGUGGAGCCAACAGAGGGUGAUGUAGAGAGUGGUGAGCUGAGAUGGCCCCCUGAAGAGUUCCUCGUGCAGGAAGAUGAGGAAGAAAACUGCGAAGAUGCAAAGGACAAGGAGCAAUAA